AUGGACGACUGUUUAAAGUACUUUAAGUCAGCCUUGACUAAGGUCAACCCAAACAAAAUAUUUCAAAUUCCAAGUUGGAUUCCAAUGUUACACGAUCCCAUUAUUGAAUUUGACCUUGAACCUCCAACUUACCGACAAAUAACAAACAUUAUUCGUAAAAUGAAAACAUCUGGCUCACCUUGUCCUCUAGAUCAAAUCUCCAUUAUAAGUUUUAAGCGUUGCCCAUACCUCCGAACAUAUUCAACCGAACUAAUUCAAGCAGUCUGGCUUUCCGGGUCUGUACCUGACGAAUGGAAGAAAGCUUGUACUAUAUUAAUCCACAAGAAAAAUGAUGCUAAUCUCCCCGAGAACUUCCGUCCAAUAACUCUUCAGUCCGUACCACUGAAAGUAUUCACCUCGAGUCUCCGUAAUGCAAUGUUCUCUUACCUACUCGCCAAUAACUUUAUCGAGCACGAAAUGCAAAAGAGCUUCACCCCUCAUAUAUCGGGGACAUUUGAACAUACAGCACAAAUGGCUUAUAUAAUCAAUCAAGCACGAAUAAGACAGCGAUCUCUCGUUAUAACCCUUCUUGAUCUCAAGAAUGCGUUUGGUGAAGUACAUCACAAUUUAAUCCAAUCUGUUCUUGGCUAUCAUCACAUACCUCAACAUAUUCAACUGAUGGUUAAAAGCCUUUACACAAACUUUAAAACAUCAAUCAUCGCAUCUGAUUUUAACAACCCAUUUGUAGAAGUAGGUCGUGGAGUUUUGCAGGGAGAUUGCCUCAGUCCAUUACUAUUUAACCUAUGCUUUAAUACUUUUAUCCAGCACAUAAAAUAG